UUGUUCUCCCACCUGCGCGGUGCAUGCCGGGAACUGCUGUGAAUGGUCCGGUGAAAAGCGCCGUGGAUCUUGGAUAAAAAUUUAACGAGGGAACAUGAACUAAGAAAUUCAAUAAGUGUGUUUAUUAAAGGAGGAAGUCCAAAUUAAGGAAAGUGAACAAUCGGUGUAAAGACGUGCCUGACCGGGUGCUAGCAAGAUGUACGCUGUUUACCGGCAAGUCCACUGUCCGACCGCGGUUGAGUUCGCCGUGUACUGCAAUUUCAUCUCCGGCGAAGAAAAAAACCUUGUUGUGGCCGGUACUUCACAGCUCUACGUCUACAGAAUCAUUCAUGAUGUGGAGAGCUCUGCAAAGAUGGAGAAGUCAUCAGAUGUCAAGAGUCGCAAGGAGAAGCUGGAGCAGGUGGCCUCCUUCUCCCUCUUCGGCAACGUCAUGUCCAUGGCCAGUGUUCAGCUCGUUGGGACCAACAGAGAUGCUCUUCUGUUGAGCUUCAAAGAUGCCAAGCUGUCAGUAGUCGAGUAUGAUCCAGGAACACACGACCUGAAAACUCUAUCCCUGCACUUUUUUGAGGAACCAGAGCUGAGGGAUGGCUUUGUGCAGAACGUGCACAUUCCCAUCGUCCGUGUGGAUCCAGAGAACCGCUGUGCUGUCAUGCUGGUCUACGGCACCCAGCUGGUGGUUCUGCCUUUCAGGAAAGAUACCUUGACAGACGAGCAGGAGGGUAUAGUUGGAGAAGGGCAAAAAUCGAGCUUUCUGCCCAGCUACAUUAUCGAUGUGCGCGAGCUGGACGAGAAGCUCCUCAACAUCAUUGACAUGAAGUUUCUUCAUGGAUACUAUGAGCCCACGCUGCUCAUUUUAUAUGAACCCAACCAGACCUGGCCGGGGCGCGUAGCCGUCCGCCAGGACACCUGCUGCAUUGUAGCCAUCUCCCUCAACAUAAUGCAGAAGGUGCAUCCGGUGAUCUGGUCCCUGUCCAAUCUGCCCUUCGAUUGCACGCAGGUCAUGGCGGUGCCCAAGCCCAUCGGUGGCGUCGUUGUGUUUGCUGUGAACUCCCUGCUGUACCUGAACCAGAGCGUUCCGCCCUACGGUGUAUCGCUCAACAGUCAGACCAACGGGACGACUGCAUUCCCCCUGCGUGUGCAGGAGGAAGUGAAGAUCACUCUGGACUGUUCCCAAGCAGCGUUCAUUGCCUCUGAUAAGAUGGUUAUUUCCUUGAAAGGGGGUGAAAUAUACGUACUCACGCUAAUCACAGACGGGAUGAGGAGCGUGCGAGCGUUUCAUUUCGACAAGGCUGCUGCCAGCGUGUUGACCACCUGUAUGAUGACGAUGGAGCCGGGCUACCUCUUCCUCGGGUCUCGUCUAGGAAACUCCCUGGUCCUGAAAUACACGGAAAAGCUGCAGGAGACGCCGAUGGAGGAGAGCAGGGAGAAGGAGAAGCAGGAAGAACCACCCAACAAAAAGAAGAGAGUGGAUUCUACGGCCAACUGGACAGGUGGGAAGGCCCCGCUUCUGGACGAAGUGGACGAGAUCGAGGUGUACGGCAGCGAGGCCCAAUCGGGCACCCAGCUGGCCACCUACACCUUUGAGGUGUGUGACAGCAUUUUGAAUAUCGGCCCUUGUGCCAGCGCCUCCAUGGGGGAACCAGCCUUCCUGUCGGAGGAGUUCCAGAGUAACCCGGAGCCGGACCUCGAGGUUGUAGUUUGCUCAGGUUAUGGAAAGAAUGGCGCUCUGUCUGUGCUGCAGAGGAGCAUCCGGCCACAAGUAGUCACCACCUUCGAGCUCCCAGGCUGCCAUGACAUGUGGACGGUCAUCUCCUCUGAGAAGAAGGAUGCAGAGGUACCACCUGAAGGGGAGGAUGAGCCCUCCACGGAGCCCCCACCUGAGCCCACUGACGACAACAGGAAGCAUGGCUUCCUCAUCCUCAGCAGAGAAGACUCCACCAUGAUCCUGCAGACAGGACAGGAGAUCAUGGAGCUUGACACCAGUGGGUUUGCAACUCAGGGCCCCACUGUGUUUGCUGGCAACAUCGGUGACAAUAAGUACAUCAUCCAGGUGUCACCUAUGGGCCUCCGGCUCCUGGAAGGAGUGACGCAGUUGCACUUCGUCCCCGUGGAUCUGGGCUCGCCCAUCGUGCAGUGUGCGGUCGCCGACCCCUACGUGGUCAUCAUGACGGCCGAGGGGGUAGUGACCAUGUUCGUGCUCAAGAGCGACUCCUACAUGGGCAAGACACACCGGCUGGCUCUGCAGAAGCCACAGCUGCACACCCAAUCGCGGGUGAUAACACUCUGCGCGUACCGGGACAUCAGCGGGAUAUUCACCACCGAGAGCAAGGUGUGCAACCUGACCAGGGAGGAGACGGCCUCCAGGAGCCAGUCUGAGACACAGACCAUCAUACACGACAUCAGUAACACGGUGGAUGAUGAGGAGGAGAUGCUGUACGGAGACUCCAGCCCCCUGUUCAGCCCGACUCAGGAGGAGCCUACCGGCAACACGGGCACGACCUGUCCCGGGCUGGAAGGAGCGGCCCACAAGGCCGAGCCCACCCACUGGUGCAUGGUGGUGCGGGAAAACGGCGUUAUGGAGAUUUACCAGCUCCCGGAAUGGCGCCUCAUCUUCCUGGUGAAGAACUUCCCAGUCGGCCAGCGUGUGCUGGUGGACAGUUCCUCUGGGCAGUCUGCUGCACAGGGGGAGGGCAAAAAAGAGGAAGUGACACGGCAAGGAGAGAUCCCAUUGGUCAAAGAGGUGGCCUUGGUGGGAUUGGGCCACAGCCAUUCUCGACCUUACCUCUUGGUCCACGUCGACCAGGAGCUCUUAAUCUACGAAGCUUUUCCAUAUGACCAACAGCAGUCACAGAACAACUUAAAAGUGCGGUUUAAAAAGAUGCCCCAUAACAUCAACUUCCGUGAGAAGAAAAUGAAGCUGUCGAAGAAGGACAAAAAGACUGAGGGCUGCCCUGGGGAGGAGGGCUUGGGGCCCAGAGGCCGGGUGACCCGCUUCCGGUAUUUUGAAGACAUAUCUGGUUACUCGGGGGUGUUCAUCUGUGGACCUUCUCCUCACUGGAUGAUGGUGACCUCCCGUGGAGCGAUGAGGCUUCACCCCAUGACCAUCGAUGGCCCCAUUGAAUCCUUCUCCCCCUUUCACAACAUCAACUGUCCCAAAGGAUUUCUCUAUUUCAACAAGCAGGGUGAGCUCAGGAUCAGUGUGUUGCCGACGUAUCUAUCGUACGACGCCCCAUGGCCCGUCAGAAAAAUCCCCCUCAGAUGCGCCGCCCACUAUGUGACGUACCACGUGGAAUCCAAGGUGUAUGCGGUAUGUCUGAGCGUGAAAGAACCUUGCACACGUAUUCCCAGAAUGACCGGGGAGGAGAAGGAGUAUGAGGCCAUAGAGAGAGACGAGCGGUACAUCAACCCUCAACAGGAGAAGUUCUCGAUCCAGCUGAUUUCUCCUGUCAGCUGGGAGGCGAUUCCCAAUACACGAAUCGAUCUGGAGGAGUGGGAGCACGUGACCUGCAUGAAGACGGUGGCACUGAAGAGCCAGGAGACGGUGUCAGGCCUCAAGGGAUACAUAGCUGCCGGGACCUGUCUGAUGCAGGGAGAGGAGGUCACAUGUCGAGGCAGGAUCCUGAUCUUGGAUGUAAUUGAAGUGGUACCUGAGCCAGGACAACCUCUCACCAAGAACAAAUUCAAGAUCCUCUACGAGAAGGAGCAGAAGGGCCCUGUCACUGCCUUGUGUCACUGCAGUGGCUACCUCGUCUCAGCUAUUGGCCAGAAGAUAUUCCUGUGGAGCCUGAAGGACAAUGACCUGACCGGCAUGGCCUUCAUCGACACCCAGCUCUACAUCCACCAGAUGUACAGCAUCAAGAACUUUAUCCUGGCGGCUGAUGUCAUGAAGAGCAUCUCGUUGCUCCGCUAUCAGGAGGAGAGCAAGACACUGUCGCUCGUCAGCAGGGACGCCAAACCGCUGGAGGUAUACAGCAUCGAAUUCAUGGUGGACAACAACCAACUUGGAUUUUUGGUGUCAGACCGAGAUAAGAAUUUGCUGGUGUACAUGUAUCUACCAGAAGCCAAAGAGAGUUUUGGCGGGAUGCGGCUGCUGCGUCGUGCCGACUUCAACGUAGGCGCCCACGUCAACACCUUCUGGAGGAUGCCGUGCCGGGGGGCCAUGGAGGCCGGCAGCAAGAAGACUCUCACGUGGGACAACAAGCACAUCACCUGGUUUGCAACACUGGAUGGAGGCAUUGGGCUCCUUUUGCCCAUGCAGGAGAAGACGUACCGUCGACUGCUCAUGCUUCAGAACGCACUAACCACCAUGCUGCCUCACCACGCGGGACUCAACCCAAAAGCAUUCAGGAUGCUUCACACGGACCGGCGUACUUUGCAGAACCCAGUGCGUAACAUCUUGGAUGGGGAGCUCCUCACCAAGUACCUGUAUCUCAGCACCAUGGAGCGCAGUGAGCUGGCCAAGAAGAUCGGGACCACCUCAGAUAUUAUUUUGGACGACCUUCUGGAAAUUGACAGAGUGACAGCUCACUUUUAAAAUGAGUUUCUCAUCAAAAUGAUCCUUACUGGUUUUGAUUGUUUUACAAGGGGUCAAAACAGUUUUCUUAAACUGUUCCCAUUUUCAGUGUUUUUGUAGUAUGUAUUUGAGGAAGACGGAUGUAUCAUUUUUUCAUAAAGAACCAUAUUUUGUAAGCAAAAGAAAAAAAAAUAAAAAAACAAACCAGAGUUGUC